AUGUUCUCCAUAAAUGAAUUACGUUACCAAUUUCUCCAGGAUAUAGCUUCCAUAUAUGAUAAACAGACAAAUAAUCAUGAUGUGAAAAUUAUCAUCAAUUCAACUAAUGGAGAAGAAAUCUUUAACGCGCAUUCGGUCGUUCUUUGUGCUAGAAGUUCUUAUUUUAAUAGAGUUAUAUUAAAUAAUGAAACGGUAAAAGAGGAAAAUAAAUACGUUUUACGAAAGCAAAAUAUUCAACCCAGUGUUUUUGAGUGUAUUUUGAAAUUUCUAUACACCGGAGAAAUCGAUCUUAAAAAAGAAAUACGGAAUAAUAUCAUCGAUUAUCUUUCUUUACUUGCAACAGCUGAGGAAUUGAUGCUCGAUUCUCUUCUUGAUUAUAUUCAAUUAUACUUAUUAAACAAUGACCAACCCUAUAUUCAAGAAAACUUCAUAAAGAUUCUUAAUGCCACACGGCAGCACACCUCCUAUAUUAAACUCCGUACCUAUUGCGAAUCUGUUUAUCGCGAAAAUCCUCAAGUAAUAUUUGAUGCCGGUGAUUUUUCUUUAUUGUCCAACGUCAAUUUAGAAAUCCUUUUAAAACGAAAUGAUUUGAACAUACCCGAAAUCAAAAUAUGGCAGCGUUUGAUUGAUUGGGGUAAAGCAAAUCAUCCUGAACUGCAAUCCGAUAUUGGCACAUGGUCUGAAAGAAAUUUUGAACAGUUGAAGGAAGCAGUUGGGCCACUUUUGAAACACGUACGUUUCUUCUUAUUGAAAUCUAGUGAUUAUUACACUAAAGUCCGACCUUAUAAAAAGAUUUUGCCAACAAAAUUGAGACAAGAGUUAAAAGCAUUUUAUUAUAUGGAAGGAAAUAAGCCACCCUCUGACUCCUUAGGACUACGAGAUCACUUUAAUAAUCAAAAUCCAAGUUUUUUCGACAUUUGGAACAUCGAACAGGGUGAACUACAAGGUCACAUGGAAGCUUCACCGCCCCAAACUCCAUCUUUUCCUCCGUCCUAUGCUCCAAAAGUCUCCCCCGAGGAUCCAUUUCGACCUCCUUCGUAUGCGACACAUGAUUUAACCCCAAACCCAUUUCAUAUUCCAUCUUUGGUUGACCCGAAUCAACCUUGUACUAAAAAUCCAACUAUCCUUGUUCCUUUACAGAACAAAGUUGAUCAUCCUUGUCAGUCUUCUUGGACCACUGAUAAAGAUAUAACAAUGAAUGAUGAUCUUUUGCACAAAAAAACCUGCACCGAAAUCUAUUCACAAUUCUAUGAUUACUUUCGCCGUGAUAUUUUCUCCCAAAGAUGCCAUCCCGGUGUCCAUGCAGCAGUUGGAGAUCUCUCUGGUUUCAACUGGCAUCUAAACAACGAUCCGAAGGUUUUUAAGGCGGGUCAAUUCUUUUCAGAAUUCGGAGAUUAUUCCAAAAUAGUUCAAAUUCAAAAAAAUCAAAAACUACCAAAAUUUGCUCAUAUGGAAUUAUAUGAAAUUAUAUUAACAUAUACCCCUUUUGAGAAGAAAAUAGCUUUUCUUAACAGUUUAUAUCAUCAUGGAAAUAGCAUUAGCUCCCAAGAUUCAUCAGAACAUACACCUUUUCAUUCUCUUGUCCUUCACAAUUUCUAUUUCCAUCAAAGCUCGUCUUCAGUUUCUUUCCAAAAUUCUGACAGCGCCUCUUGUCUUAAUAGUAUACCUGGUGAAAUACGAAUUAAUCCCGAGGAUAUUGAAGCCGUUGUAAAAUGGCUGAUUGGGAAAGGUUUUUCUAUCAAUACAUUAAAUCGCGCUGGACAUAGUGCUCUAGGAUUAGCUAUUCGACUUGAAAAUAUUUCGGUUUUGAAUAAACAAUUUUUAAAAAUAUCUCCUCGAAAUAAACAAUGGUCACAUGACUUGAUUUUAGCGAUGAUUGGAAAUGGUGCCUCGAUUUAUGAAGAUACCAAUUUCAAUGAAGAGUCUAGCAGCAUAUAUUUUAAGAAAAAGGCACUAGCCUAUCCAAAUCACCUUUGGCCAGCUGUAAAAUACGGUUUGGAUAUUAACAUAUUAAGGGCUAUGAUAACUAAUAUCGAAGAUAUUCAAAAGGGAUGGAGUGAGCAAGAAGGUGGCAAAAAAUGGGAUCUUCUCAAAUUUUCAGCGAAAUACGAUCAUUUGGACAUGGUGACGUAUCUACUUGAAAAUUCCCUCGAGUUCCAUUCAACGGACACCAUUGCAAAAGCAAUCAAGAAGACUCCGCUGGGUAAAACCAGAGAAUAUAUGGAUACCUGGGUAGGAAGAUCAGGGGAGGAGAAACGAAAAGCUUUUCAUUUGAAAUUUCUUGAAAAUGGAACAGAGGCAUUCAUUAUUUAA